AUGAAGGGCUUCCUCGUUGCGGGUAUCACCGCACUGCUCACGGUUGCAGCUGUAGAAUCCCUGAAAUGUCUGCAGUGUAAUUCACGGAGAAACUCCUGUGUCAAUGUAAAUGCCACUGAAUGUCCUGCAAACGUCAGCGCCAGCUGUACCUCCUUCUUGAGCACCGCUUCUGUAGGAGGGAACUUCAUGUUUUACCAGAAUUCGGCCUGCUCUGCACGCAACUGCAGUGGGCUGGAGGCUUACACUUUCAGUGUCCACACGGCUAACGAAAACUUUGUAUUUGCAAGCCAGUGCUGCCAAGGAGGCCCAUGCGGUAACGUCACCGUCACCGGAGAGACGAGCAAAUUAGUGCUGAAAGGCUGCUCCAACAUCAACGACGCCACCUGUCACAUCCUGUCUACUAAAAAGCCAAAGCUUGGAGAAUUCACUUUACAGAAGUUAGUGUGUGCGGACAAAUCCACCACUGCCUCAACGACCAAAAACCCAAAGACCAUUGCCCCUCACCGUCCCACCAGUGGCACUGGCUCUAAAGUCUUCUUCACCCCUGUGGCCCUUGCCAGCCUUCUCCUGCUGGGGCUGCUGCUCUGAGAUCGGUGCCUCUCCAACCCUCCCCUCCCCAGUUU